AUGGUCAUCAAGACUGACCUCUGCAGCUACACUGAGUACAGGAUCUAUCCUGGCCACGGCCAGAAAUUCGUGGCCAAGGAUGCCAAGGUGAGCUUCUUCAUCAACGCAAAGGCCGACUCGUUGUUCCACCAGCGCAUCAAGCCGGUGAAGCUCCGAUGGACUCAAGCAUGGCGCCGCAUGAACAAGAAGGGCAAGGUGGAAGAAGGUGGCAAGAAGCGUGCGCGCAAGGCGCAAAAGUUUCAGAAGGCGAUCGUGGGUAUGUCCUUGGAUGACCUCAAGAAGAAGAAGGCACAGAAGCCCGAGCUGCGUCAGGCCCGAGAGCAAGCUGCGAAGGAGGCGAAGGCCAAGCAAAUGGCACAGAAGAAGGCAACCAGCAGCAACAUUGGCCUCAACAAGUGGCGGAAACUGUCUUGGGCGUGGUGUUUUGGCAGGGCCCAAAGGGUCGUGGGACGUGAAUACCCAGCAUGCAAUUACAAUUACACACCAAAAGCGGCUGAAGGAUCGGACCUUCGGGUGAAACGUUCAAGCGUGUAUUUGGGUCAGCCCCAACGUUGGCCUAAAAGAGAAGAGCUGAAGACCGAAGUCCUCAGGUGA